CGGGGUCCCUCACGGUCAGCGCCCUGCCGUCACUUCUGGUGCCACCCUCAUUCUGACAGCAGAUGAUGCUGGCUAUCCUGCUGGCCGUGCUCAGCUACCCUGGCUUCCACACCCUCUGGCAGGCCCAGGCUGUUCCUGUCCUGGCGCUGGGUCUGGCCCCAGAUACCUUCGAUGAUGCCUAUGUGGGCUGUGCUGAGGAGAUGGAGGAGAAGGCCGCCUGCCUGCUGAAGGAGGAGAUGGCUGGCCAUGCUCUGCUGCGGGCCUCCUGGGAGGCAGCCCGAGAGGCCUGGGAGCACCGGCGGGGAGGCCUCACCUUGCCCCUGGGGUUCAAAGCCCAGCAUGGCAUAGCUGUAAUAGUAUACACCAACUCCUCCAACACCUUGUACCAGGAGCUGAACCAUGCUGUGCGGACGGGUGGCAGCUCCCGGGAGAGCUACCUGAGGCACUUCCCCUUCAAGGCCUUGCAUUUCUACCUGACCCGGGCUCUGCAGCUGCUGCGGGGCGGUGCCGGCUGCAGCACCAGCCCUGGGCAGCUGGUGUUCCGAGGCGUGGGCAGCCUUCGCUUUGAACCCAAGAAGUUGGGGGACUCCGUCCGCCUGGGGCAGUUUGCUUCCAGCUCCCUGGAUGAGGCAGUGGCCCAAAGAUUUGGUAAUGCUACCCUCUUCUCCCUAAGGACAUGCUUUGGGGCCCCUAUCCAGGCACUGUCAGUCUUCCCCGAGGAGCGUGAGGUGCUCAUUCCCCCCCAUGAAGUCUUCUUGGUCACCAAGUUUUCCCAGGAUGGAGCCUGGAGCCGAGUGAAUCUCUGGAGCUACAAUCAGACCUGCAGCCACUUUAACUGCGCCUAUUUGGGUGGGGAGAAGAGGUCAGGCUGCGUGUCUCUGCCAGUGUGUUUCUUCCUCUUUCUAAUGGUAGGGCAGCCUGGACUACCCUCCAAGGGGGCCUUACCACCACUCGCCUGGGAUACCGUGCUCUUAGACCCCGGGGGACUCCUGCUUUCAAAGGCUGGGUUCUGAAAGGCCAACACCUGCCACCUUGGAAUCCCAGGGACCGGUGACUUCCGUGUGAAAAGGGGUGGGGAGAGGCCUUGAACAGCAUCAAGAAGCAAGAAUGUGGCUCCGGACCCAGACCCAGAGGCCGCAUUCCCAACCAGGAUGCAGGGAGAGCUAAGGCAAUCGCAGGGUUGAUGGAGCCUGGUUACAUGAUGGGGACUUGGUAGAAUAAGCCAGGGAAGGCCUGGGACAGCCACUCCAUUAAAUGAUGCUGUGGUGUGUGGCAACACAGGACUCUGUGACUUAUUCCAUGGAACUAGACUGUCUGCCUUGCUCCAGGGACAAAGGGACCAGAAAAGGAAACUUGGUGACCAUUGCUAGUUCUAGACUCACGUUCAGACCUGUGUCCCACACUGUAACUUGCACACCCAGAAGCAUCGACUGUGAGGGUCCUCACCUGAACCAUGAGGGCAGGAAGGGGGACGCGUGGGAUCCUUCAGCCCUGUUUGUCUGCAAAGCCAAGGGAGGAAGCUGCUUGCUGUAGGUCAGAUUGCUGGGGUUACAGCCCAGCCUCUUGUGUUCCAGCCUACACAUUUUCCACUGGAGAUCUGAGGUCCCCUGAGC